AUGCGGCUCCGUCUGCAGCUCAACUCCUCCGGGCCUCCGCUGCAGCGGCUUCCCGCGCUCACACCGCCCGCCACACAGCACCUGAACGCGGCUGUCAGCCUCCGCACCUCCAGCUCCUCGCACCGACCCCGGUCCACAGCGACCCCGGCCAGCACUGCCUGAUACAGCACCACCAGCCGGGUCUGCGGACGAGGCCGCUGAGCGUCCGCGGCCUCGCCUGGCUCCGUCAGCCGCAGGAGGCGCGUCCGAUGCGGGGGGCGGCUGCGUCGUGGUGGCGGGGAAACCUGCGAGCUAACGGUACACUAGCGGCGGCUUGAGCUCCACCGGACCCUGGUCGUGUUUACUGUCCCUCGACCCCGAGCUGCGGACAGAGGGGGCUCCAUGGCCGAGCCCGCCACCCCCGCGGUGCUGAAGCCCUGCUGGAAGCGGGUCCUGGGCUGGACCGGCCCUGUGCCGCGGCCCCGCCACGGGCACCGGGCCGUGGCCAUCAAGGAGCUGAUGGUGGUGUUCGGGGGCGGGAACGAGGGCAUCGUGGACGAGCUGCACGUCUACAACACCGCUACCAACCAGUGGUUCAUCCCAGCGGUGCGCGGUGACGUCCCACCAGGGUGUGCCGCCUUCGGCUUUGUGUGCGAUGGGACCAGGCUGCUGAUCUUCGGAGGGAUGGUGGAAUAUGGCAAAUACAGCAACGACCUGUAUGAGCUGCAGGCCAGUCGAUGGGAGUGGAAACAUCUGAAAGCCAAACCUCCAAAGAACGGCCCGCUCCCCUGCCCCCGCCUCGGCCACAGUUUUUCUUUGAUCGGUACCCGCUGCUACCUGUUUGGAGGACUGGCCAAUGACAGCGAGGACCCUAAGAACAACAUCCCCAGGUAUCUCAACGACUUGUACUGUCUGGAGCUGCGGCCAGGCUCCAGUGUGUUUGGAUGGGAGAUUCCCGUGACGACGGGGACGCCGCCGCCACCCAGAGAAAGCCACACGGCGGUGGUGGCGAGCAGCGGCGGAGCCAACAAACUGGUCAUCUACGGUGGGAUGAGUGGCUGCAGGCUGGGAGACCUGUGGGUCCUGGAUGUAGAGUCUCUGGAGUGGAGCAGACCCACCCUCGGCGGGGUGCCCCCCCUCCCCCGCAGCCUGCACUCUGCCACCACCAUCAAGAACAAGAUGUACGUGUUUGGGGGUUGGGUUCCUCUGGUCAUGGAUGACGUCAAAACAGCUACACAUGAGAAGGAGUGGAAGUGCACGAACACACUGGCCUGCCUCAACAUGGAUACCAUGUGCUGGGAGACGGUUGUGAUAGACGCCGAUGAGGAGAACCUCCCCAGAGCUCGGGCAGGUCACUGCAGUGUGGCAAUCAACUCUAGGCUCUACAUCUGGAGCGGCAGAGACGGAUACAGGAAGGCCUGGAACAACCAGGUGUGCUGCAAGGACCUAUGGAGCCUGGAGACAGAGUGUCCUGUGGCUCCGUCUCGAGUCCAGCUGGUCCGGGCCAACACCACGUCUCUGGAGGUGAGCUGGGGGCCGUCUCAGACGGCGGACACCUACCUGCUGCAGCUGCAGAAGUAUGACAUUCGCGCCAUGCCUUCAUCUUCCGCCGCCCCCGCCACCACUCCCGUAGCUAACGCACCUCAGAUCCCCACCCCUGCUGCCACGACACCAGCCCACCAGAUUGUCCCGAAGUCUGGUAUCACACUCGUUCCUGCCUCUGCUGUCGCUGUAUCUGGAAGCCCAUUGGUGUCCAAAACUCCAGCAAUCCUGAGGGUGUCAUCAGCUCCCGUUGCAGGGGGAGGAACCCCUGUGGUCACAGUCAGACAGGCCACGCCCAGAUCCCCGGGAGCUUUGACAACACUUCCCGCAGGUGUUCGUAUGGUGGUACCUGCUCAGCCUUUGCAGACGCCAAUCAGCAGCAGUCCUCAGAUGAGCGGCAUGGCGGCGCUGGUGGCGGCUGCUGCAGUUACCCAAAAAAUCCCCCCGUCCACAGCGAGGGCUCAAAACAUCCCUCCAGGAGGGACCAUUGUGAAGACGGUGGCGGUGAACAAUCCUGCGACUCGAUUGUUGAAAACAGCUGCUGCUCAGGUGGGCGGGGUUUCUGCAGUCUCCUCCCCUGCUUCCACUAGCCGGCCAAUCAUCACUGUCCAUAAGUCUGGCACGGUGACGGUCUCCCAGCAGGCUCAGGUGGUCACCACCAUGGUGGGUGGAGUCACAAAGACCAUCACGCUGGUCAACAGUCCAUUGAGUAUGGGAGGAGGCGGAUCUCUGAUCAGUAACCUGGGGAACCUGGGGAACCUGGGGAACCUGGGGAAGGUAGUGUCGAUGGUCCAGACCAAACCAGUCCAGACCGGAGCAGUUACUGGUCAGGCUGGGGUCAACCCAGCCACCCACAUCCUCCAGACGAAGGGCAGGCUGCCUGCAGGAACCAUCCUGAAGCUGGUCACAUCAGCAGACGGCAAACAGACCACCAUCCUCAGCACCGCGCACGCAGGCUCCACGGCAACCAAACCCACCAUCUUGAGCGUUUCCCCGACAACCUCCAAACCCGGUACUACCAUCAUCAAGACCAUCCCGGUAUCAGCGCUGCAGGGAGUGGCAGGUGGGAACAGUCCAGUCACCUUCCUCACCAGCAAGAUGAUGACGUCAGGAACAGCUGGGAAAAUAUUCACUGCCCUCCCAAAGAUGUCUGCCAGCAGCCAGCAGGGCCUCACGCAGGUGGUUCUGAAAGGAGCUCCAGGUUCAGCAGGGACAAUCCUCAGGUCUGUCCCCAUGGGAGGAGUCAGACUGGUGUCUCCAGGAGCUGUUGGUUCCAAACCUGUCACCACGCUGGUCGUCAAGUCAAGCUCAGGUGUGUCUAGCCUAGAGACGGUAACAAAUCUCUCCACCAUGGUAGCUGAAGGAGCUGCCGCCGCCACAAUUGCCUCCACGCCCAUCACCACCCUGGCAACCAUUGCCACGCUGGCCAGCCAGGUCUCCACGACAACUCCCACAGGACCAAGACAGGUGACUCUGAUCACUACUCCGAGUGGAGCUGAGGCUCAGCCGCUGGUCCAGGACCUGCCCGUCUCCAUCAUGGCCUCGCCGACCUCAGAGGAACCCGGGACUUCAACCACCACGACCACCACUACUACGGCCCAGGCGGGGCAAGGAGACACAGCGGUGACGGCAGGGGUGAUGCAGAUCUGCUCCAACCCGCCCUGUGAGACCCACGAGACUGGAACCACCAACACCACCACGACAGCUGGAGCUGGAGGAGUUCAGCAGGUGUGUUCAAACCCCCCCUGUGAGAUCCACGAGACCGGCACCACCCAAACCACCACGGUGGCCUCGGCCCGCAUGAACCCGGAGCUGCAGGUGAGUUCAGACCAGCCUGUUGCCAGUCUGAACGGAGGAACCGUCUGCUCCAACCCGCCCUGUGAGACCCACGAGACCGGAACCACCAACACCGCCACCACGGCUACAGCUCAGCCGGCCGGAGACAAUCAACAGGUAGACUCCACAGAGCCCGCCUUUGACCCCACGCCCUCCACUGCAGCCAGUCAGAGCAGAGCUGUGACCACCGUCACACAGGCCACGCCCACACCUGGACCAUCAAUACCUGAGAUUUCUUCGUUGGUUGGAGAGGGUAGGAUGGAGUCACCUGAAGCUGUUGUCAUGGUUACAGAAGCAGAUGAAGGGGCGGAGCCCAUGCAAACAUCCGGCCAUUCAGAGGACCUGAUGUUGUCAGCGGCAUCAGUGUUGCAGGUUCUCGUAGAGAGCGGUGUGACAGCGGCCAAGAUAUCAUCCUCGGACAGCUGUGUCCCUCAGCAGCUGAUGUCAUUAGAAGGAGAUGGGGGGGCGGAGGUUUCAGGAAAGACGUCUCUGCUGGUGACGGCGGCCACAGAUCAGCUGCCCAUAGCAACAGACAACGCAGCUCAGCAUGCAACGAUUCAGGCGGUGCUGCACGCAGCUGGAGACUCUGAACACGAGCGGACUAUUCCGAUCGUUCUGACGCAGCAGGAGCUGGCAGCGCUGGUGCAGCAGCAGCUGCAGGGCGUCCACCAGACACAGCCAGAACUCCAGCCAGAGUCUCAACCCCAACCAGAGCACAGCAGUGUCCCCACAGAGGGCCUGGCUCCAGCCGACAGCCUCAACGACCCGGCGGCAGACGGCAGCGGACACGAGACCACGUCCUCCGCCAUCACCAACGCCGUCGCCCGAUUGGCCAGCACGUUCAGUCCCGCCCAGUCUUUGACUCCCCGUCAGGUGAAGACUUCAGCCUCCAGCACCGGGACGGAAGCGACCAAUGGCAUGGCGGCAACCACAGCGAAGCCAGAACCUCAGGCGAGGCCGGUGUCCCAGGAGGAUCGAUGGUUCGACGUGGGCAUCGUUAAAGUCACCAACAUGGUGGUCACGCAUUACUACGUCCCCAACGACGACGCCGUGGCUGACGAGGACCCGGGUGUGACGCUGGACUACAGUCGGAUGAGGAGGGUGGAGCUCCAGCCGGGGACGGCCUACAAAUUCCGUGUGGCGGGGAUCAACAUCUGCGGCCUCGGCGCCUUCUCAGAGGUGUCGGCGUUUAAAACGUGUCUGCCUGGUUUCCCCGGGGCACCAUGUGCCAUCAAGAUCAGCAAGAGCCUGGAUGGCGCUCAGCUCACCUGGGAACCUCCCACCGUGACAUCGGGGAAGAUCAGCGAGUACUCGGUCUACCUGGCCAUCCAGUCCAGCCAGGCCACGCCCGCCUCUGCUUCGGGCCCCGCCCAGCUGGCCUUCAUGAGGGUGUACUGCGGCUCCGAGCCGUCCUGCCUGGUCCAGGCCGCCAGCCUCGCCAAGGCCCACAUCGACUACACCACCAAGCCCGCCAUCAUCUUCCGCAUCGCUGCACGCAACCAGAAGGGCUACGGGCCGGCCACGCAGGUCCGGUGGCUGCAAGAAGCGUCUAAAGAUCCCAAAGCCGGAGUAAAGAGGGGCGGAACUUCUCCUGACAUGAAACAGAUCGGACCAAAGAAAUUCAGGACUGACCAGUAGGAGGAGCCAAGCAGCUGCUGGACUGUGAUUGGUUCCUGCUGUCAGAUGGCCCACCAGCAGCUGGUGACUGACGGGGGCGCGGUUCUGAGAAAAGACUCAUUGGAUAUUUGUACAUUUUCAUUAGAAGCCUUGUUUUUGAUUGUUUGGUCGUCACAGAGACGUGGAGACCUGGAGGCAGAGUCUGCAGGUCUGAAGUAGUUUGAGUUAAAAGUGGACAGGGUUAAAAAUCCUGUGCAAUCAAAAAAAUCCAGUACAUCAGUCUUAACCCCGUCCCUCAGUGUCUGAGGGGCGGGUUUAGAGAGAUGUACUGGAUUUUUUCACAGUAUAUCUGACUUUUGUUUUUUUUUUUCUUCUUUUUUUUCUUUUGUUAUCGUACGAAUGAAAUGAAAGUUAAUUUCUCUGUGGUGGUUUGUUCAGAUGUGGACGGAGCUCACCUAUUGGUCAGUUUGUGUCGGUGGGGCCUGAAUGAAUUCCCAGCUGAUGUUUGUGAAUAUUCUUUUGAAUAAUAAAGAUUUUUAGAGCAUU